AUGCCUGCAGCAGGACAUGCCCGACCUAAGCCCACUCCCAUGGCGGACGGCGCAGGCGCGCUCGAGCGCGCGGGUGUCAGCUGCGGGUCUGGCCGCUCCACUCCGGAGUCGGGGUCCGACGAGGGCGACGACGAGGGCGAUGCACCGGCCCACGGCGGCGCGAGCUGGACCUUCUCCGUCACUCCGCCGGCCGCUCCGGUGGCGCUGCCCACCAUCCGGGUGACCCCGCCGCAGGAGGGCGGAGUGGGCGCCUCUGGGCGGUGCGACGCCGCUGAUGUGGGCACCCGGCUUUCGAUGAUCGAGGCGCUUGCGCAGGUGCUGGAGUGCGAUGACAGUGCUGUGGAGGCAGCCGUGGCGCGCCUUGCGGCCGGCACGGGCCUUCGGGGUGCAGGGCCCUCUCCUCCGGCGACCCCGCUGACGUCGUCGGGCGAGGACUCGGAGGUCGCCUCGACCGCCUCGGAGCCGCUGGACUGGAACUCCGACGACGAGCCACCGCAGGACCAGGUCGGGGACGAGCAGGCGUGCAGCCGGGGCGGGGAGGUGCGGAAGACGAUCCUUCGCGUGGGCCAGGGCCUGCAGUGCCCUGGACAGCACGACGUCGUGCACGUGCGCUACCAGGCCCUGGGCCCUGGCGCCGCAGGCGGCGCCGCCGCGCUGGCCGCCCUGCAGGCGGGGGAGGCUGGCCGCAACGGCAGGGCGCCGCCGGAGGAGCUGGAGGUGGCCAUGGGCGAGGGCAGGCUGCCCCUCGGCGUGGAGCUCGCGGUGAAGUGCAUGCGCCUCGGGGAGGCCGCGGAGGCGUCGGCGCCCGCGGCCUUCGCCGCCUUCGCCUCCCCGGUCUCGGGGCGCGGCCGCGCCGGGCGCGUGCCCGCCGCGCUCGGCAAGGUGUCCCGGCGGCUGCGCUUCCUGCCAGCGGCCCCUCGGGACAUCGCCAGCCAGGCGGCGGCUGACGCGCAGCGGGCGACGCGCGGCGGCGCGCCUGGGGCGGACGAGCCGGGCACGGGCGGGGGCGGCGCGCCGCCGCAGGCAGCCCCCGCGGCCUUCCGGGCGCUGGUGGAGCUGCUGCGCAUCGACGCCGUGGAGGUGCUGACGGAGGGCGACUUCGUGGUGUUCUCGGCGGCGCGGCGGCUGGGCGGCGCGGAAGGGCCGCCCAGCAGGUACGAGCUCGUGCUCGGGGAGGCCGAGCCACCCUUCCCAGGCGCUUGUGUAGAGGAGGCUCGCUUUCCCCUCCCGGCCAGCGAGCCCCCGGAGCCCGUGCUGGUCACGAGCCUGGAGCCCGGCGGCCUCGCCGAGCGCUCGGGCGUGCGGCUGGGCGACCUGCUGACGGCCGUGGAGGGCCGGAGCACCGCGGAUAUGUCCCGCGAGGACGCCGCGGGCCGCGCACCAAGGCCGACGCCCGUGCCGCCGCCGGGCGGGCCGGUGGAACGCCGGCGCAAGUGCGGUUCCUUCGCCGAGUGGGCGCGCGACCUGCCUGCGGCGGUGCGAGAGCACCUCGAGGGGGCAGGCUUCGCGACUCUGGCCUUGGUCGCGGACGGCGUUGCGCCGGAGCCUCUGCCGGGCCGAAGAGUACUGCGAGUUGAAGCCAGAGUGCAGUGCAUGCGGCGGAGACUCAAGGAACUGAACCGCCUUCGCAACCGCGGAGUAGACGAUGCUCUUCUGCCAAGCCUGCACCUGUGGGGCAAGUGCGAGCAGCUCAGGCGGGCCAACCGCGGUCUCGAGCCGCUGCUGCCGAACAGGGUCCAGUCGGAGGCGGUGGCCUCGAAGCGGCGCAUUGGCGUGGCGCUUGCCAUCCAUCGGCGAACCGCGCGCAACUCGCUGCGCCAACUGGAAGCGUGGUGCUACGUGGCAGAGAACCUGCUGUUGCUCCCUGGCUGGGUGCAAGACGUGCGCCGCGUCGAAGCCUUCCACGGAAGUUCUGGGCCCGCCUGCGCCGCGGCGUGA